AUGAGUUCAUCAAAUGUCUGUAACAUCAGCCAGUGUAACGACAAACAAACCGGUGAAACUUUGCCGGAAAUUUCCGGUCAACCAUUAGCCUCUGACUUAAUCAGUGACGAGCAAGCUUACGUCAUAACUUUCAUCACCUACGGCGUCAUCGCUGGCGUCAUCAGCGUGGUGGGCGUGGCGCUGAACGUGGUGAACAUCGUGGUCUUCAUCAAGAUGGGCUUCACCGACACGACGAACAUCACGCUCCUCAGUCUGUCGGCGGCCGACCUAGGGGUCCUACUCAUGCUCGUGGGGUUCGGGGUCAUCUACAACCCCCUCUUUGUGAGGGCCGUCCACGGUCUCGAGUCGGUAGGGGCGCUGGAUUACCUCCCCAUUGGCUGGCCGUUUGUGUGCUUUAGCCGGAUAUCCGGUUGUCUCACGGCUUUCCUGACGCUCGAGCGGUUUGUCUGUGUGGCAUUUCCCUUGAAGGUCAAACGUCUGAUCACCCAGAGGCGGACACUGGUCGUCAACAUCUUCAUCUACUCUCUCACUAUCGCCUGCACGGUGCCCGUUUUCUUCGGCUUUCAAAUCGAGGUGUCGCUCGAUCCCAACUUAAACCAGACCAUUCUGAGACUGGUGACGUCAGACCAAAGUUCACAGCUGGAGAACGUGUCCUUGACCUUUAACUUCAUCGUUCACUUGACCUCCUUCAGCGUGGUCACCGUGUUCACCGUCUGUCUGAGCCAGAAGUUUCUACAAAUCUCGGAGUGGCGACAAACCGCGUCGGUCAAGAGCUCGUCCACAGCAUCACGUGACAAGCGUCUGGUCAAGCUCAUCAUCCUCAUCGCCGCCAUCUUCAUCGUCUGCUCGCUGCCCGGGGUGGUGGGGAUCGUCGUCAUGCUGGUCGUCAAGGACUACAACGUCACGGGGCUCUACAGGAACACCUUCAUCGCCAGCUACGCCAUCUUCUUCGCACUGGGCUCCAUCAACUCCACCGUCAACAUUUUCAUCUACCUCAACAUGAGCUCCAAGUUUAAGCUCACGUUCAUGUCGCUGUUUAGGUCAACAUUUAGCCAAAAGCUGUUGUACUAA